CAAUGGCGGGUUGUUGACGAGACAUGGUGGAAGGGAAAGAGGACAAGGCGCGCCAAGUCUGCCUCACGUCCCCCCUGUAGCUCCUCCUCCUCCUCCUCCUCCUCCUCCCUCCUCCUUCUCAAAAAGCAUGGCGGACGAUCUGCCGCCUGAAGAUGUCAUGGUUUGGACGGAUAGGGAUGGAAUCACCUACAAGAUCAGUUUCCAACAUGCCAAACUUUUGUAUAUAGUCUCCCACUAUGCAAGGGCAUCCAUCAAAGACAAUCAGCCGGAAACAUGGAUGCGGCAGCUGCAACUGGAUGUCUUGAUCUUCGAAGGGAUCCUUGCAAGGAAGCUCGACUUCGACUAUGCGCCUGAAUCUACCAUACAGCCGAUCAUAGAGGAGGAGGCAGUCAGAUGUGUGCGUCAAUACAUGAAUAUAAGCCAAGAGGGACGAAGCGCUAUCUAUGAUCUGACAGAGCAAGGAUUCUUGAAUACCUUGCGACUGCCAUCAACGAAUCUACUCUCUACCAUUGCACUGCAAGCUUCCCAUAAGGGAAUGAGGUUGUUGGAUGCUCUUCCGCCGCUCCUACGAUAUGAUGUGGACGAGUUUCUGUUUUCAAAGCCUGGCCAUAUGAGAGCUUUCCUAAAGGAUAUGCAUCCGGUUCGAGAUCUGAAACACGUCAUAAUUGACGAGCAAGGUUUCCUGAUUGUGACUGAAAAUGGCUUCGAAGAACGUUCAGAGGUUCUGUUCAUUGAAGACAUCUCCUACGUGACUAGCCCGUUUCUACCCUGGUCGCUAAGAAGAAGCGAAGCUCAGAUGAGGGACAACUCGACUCGGGCUUGGGAAUCUGGGAACGGCAAGUCGCAAGUGCAAGGGGAUCUACAUGAGUCUUUGAUCCUCUCUCAGGUGCACGCGAUACUGAUGGAAUGGGUUCCAAUGAACCAUAAACGGAGAGUUACAAACAUGUUUCAACAAGUCGGAAGUGGGAUUUUAUCAAAGACUGGGAAAGACGUUCCUUUGAUCAACAUCUUGGAGUACAAAGAGAACGAUUGUCUUAACUUCGAAGCAGAGAUAGGCUUCAAGAACGAUGAGGGGAUCUGCCAGGUCGAAGAAGUUGCUGCUCACAUCAACGCAAAUGGGAUCGUCGCCUUCGGAGCCAGGGUGGAGGCGAUUCAGAACCGAUUGGCCGACGAUAUUUCCAUGGACUUGUUGAGCAGACUGCUAACAGACUUGCAAGUCGACGUCUCUGAGAUGAUGGAAAACCUCUUGACAACCGCUCAGAAUCACAUGCUGAAGAGCGCUUUCUGGGGCAACUCAAGCUCUCGAUCGAGAUUCGUGUUGCUCUUCACCUCCAAGAUUGAUCCCUUGCUCAAAGCAGACGGCUACCUCGAUCAUGGCGAGUAUGAGAAUGAGAUGUCGCAGGUGAUAGGACAACUGGUCAGAGCAAGAGAUUUCGGGAACAAGAACAACUUUAUCGUGGUUGCACAGAGGGGAAUGCUCGUGGUAGGCGACCGUUUGAGAAGAUACGAUCGUUUGAUCUUCAUGCUCUGCGAGCUGAUCGCCAUGAAUCAGUUCGCAGUCGUGCUGUACAAAUGGACUUCUAACAUCCAGAGCGACCUGCAGAGGCUUCGAAUGCUCACAAACGUCCGAGACCCGAACCCCAACCACUUCGACGAGGCGAGGCAGUUGAGGAACGAGACGUCGGAGGACAUCGCGUGCCUGGAAGAGAUCAUGAUCAACCUCAGCGGGAACUUGAAGAAGGUCCACGUCCCUCCUUCUCCCUUCGAAGACUUCGGGCAGAAACUCUACGACUUCCUCGAGCUCAAGAAGACUCACGACAACCUGACGAGACAAAUCGAGGACCUGACCAGCUUUGUCUGCUGCUACAAAGCUGAGGUGCGGAGCAUCAGCGUCAACCUUCGGACUGCUCAGAACAAGCGGGAGAGAGGGACCGUCCUCAAGCUGGAGCAAGAGACCGGGAGAAUGAUUCAGUACUCAAUCUCUGAGAGAGAGCAGACCAGCGUCUUUGAGAUCAUGCUGGGGAUCAUCGCGUUCAAGUUCCUGCUGGUCUUCCUCGAUAGCUUCAUCACCGCAAGGUCUCGUUACUUCGGGAUCGCUGCCCUCAUCGAUUCGUCAUCCAACUCUUCUACCGGCUCUCCCACCAUCGCUGGCUUCUCCGUCGUCUCCACCAGCAGCAUCGGAAGUCCGCUGAGCUCGAACUCAUACUUCCCCUUGCAGUGGGCGAUUCAGCUUGACAAGAUCCCCUUCUUCACCAUCGUGUUGCACCUUGUGUUUUGUGCUCUGUUCCUCGUGCUUCUAGCAAGAGCUUACCGUCAUCGACGACAUGAUCCGGUCCGAGACGUCAAGAUUCAAACGGAUUUACAUGUCAACCUUGAGAACCUUGAUGCCUUCGUACUGCGGCAUAAGAAGAAGCGCAUUGAAGGUAUGGGGGCCCAGCAAACCCAAGAUCAUCGUCAUGGUUGAUACGUCAACGACGAGGUUGAUAUGGGCAAGCAUCACAAGAAAUGAGAAGCUGUCGUUGUGGCGAUGGCUGCUGCAAUUUGUAAUCUACAGGAAGUUCUCGGGCUUGUCCAUGAAUGGUUUAGAAGAAGACACGCUCAACGACAUUCUGUUGGAUGAGUUCUCCAAGGAAGGCAUACUGGUCGACCCGGACGCAGUUGUUGAACAGGAGAGUAGUGCUGUUGGAGAGGAGCAAGUGGAAGAGACGAAAGUAAGUCAGCAGGAGGGUGAAGACGAUGAGCAAGAACGGACGCAUGAUGAAGACAUGUCCAUGGGCAGCGACUAUGAUGAAGCAAGGCACGAUAAGGUAUAAAUACAACUCAACAAGAACAACCACCAAUAUGUAAGAUACAGUAAACAAGUUGAAGACAUCC